AUGACUACUAAAGCGGAUAAAUUCGUAAAAACCUACAAAACUUUAUCUCAAAUUCCUGCUCUAGUAGGAGGAUACAUAAGAUCCAAUGGGAUAGUUAACACUAACUGGACUCAACGGAAUCUAGAGAAAGGAAAAAACACGGAAUUUACCAGAGACUUUUUUACUAAUAACUGCGAAAAAGUCGCCGAAUCACUUCCAUUUGAAGUUAGCAAUGAAUUGAUUUCCAGAAUAUCGAAAUCCGAAAAGUACAGGGCCGUUUUGAAAGACUUCGAUAACAAACAGUUCCUGGAAGUGUGGCAAGGCCACAAUUUGAAACGAUCAGUCGAUUUGAACACUUUGGACGUCCACGGAAGCGUAUACGCUGAUGGCGAGUUAUCGUCAUUCGAGUGGUCUCCCGACGAAACCAAGCUACUCUACGUUGCUGAAAAGAAGAGGCCGAAAUCCGAGCCUUUCUACAAGAGAAAAGGGAACAUCGGAGCAGGCGAUGGAAACGGCGACGAGCCCAAACCCAAGGGCGAAGAGCAUUUGUUCAUACAAGACUGGGGAGAGCAGUUAGUUGGAAAAAAGUCUUCCAUUAUAGCUCAGUACGACGUAGAAAACGAUACCGUAGAGAUACUAAAAGGCGUCCCCGAAGACGUUUUUGUAGCUCAACCGAAAUACUCCCCCGACGGAUCCCAUAUCGUCGGCGUAGCCUACCAAGUGGAGCCCAGAAAAUUGGGGCUCAUCUACUGUUCGAACCGACCGAGCACCAUUUUUCGCUUGGAUUUCAACGGAAACUUCGUGGGUUUACCUUUGAAAGAUGUGGCUGUUAAGUCGCCUAUAUUUUCAACGAACGGUGAAUUCGUUUUGUGGCUGCAAAGGAAAUCCGGUGGCCCUCACGCUUGUUGUAUGCAGCUCGUGAAGGCUAACGCACCGUUGAACGAAAAUACUUGUGGUACCGUUGUGGUGGAUAUAGUAGGCUCUGAGAAGCAAAUCGAAGGUGGUAAACAAUUUUACGGCCUGUACAAUACAGGCUUUAUUCGAAGACCUUGGGCUAGCCAGAAUCGUUUAAUCGUAAACACCAACCAAAAGUACACGUUAAAUUCAUAUGUAAUCGAUAUCAAUUCCGGUUCGAUAACUCAGUUGGAAUCGGGAGCUGACAGUAUGAGAGUGGUGGAUGUUUCCGAUGAUACUGUCCUGGCUGUUAAGAGAAAUUUCCUGAAGCCCGAUGAAGUUAUAUUGGGCAAAUUACCGCAGCCCGGCAAUGAGAGUGGAAUUAAUUGGUCGAAUUUAACCACCAGCGAAAUAGUACCGAGUUUAAGGAACUCCAGAAUCGAUUAUAUAGAUUUAAAAGCCCCCACAGGAGAAAUGCGAGAUUUCAAUGCUAUUUAUAUUGGUCCUAAAAGUGGCGAUAACAAAUCGGUACCUUUACUGGUAUGCCCGCACGGAGGCCCCCAUUCCGCUUACGCGAAUUUCCUGUAUUUGGAGGAGACUAUGUACCUAACUCACGGAUUCGCCAUGCUAUUGGUGAACUUCAGAGGCUCGUUGGGAAGCGGCCAAAAAAGCGUGGAGUACCUCCCUGGUAAAAUAGGUGUCUCCGACGUAGAGGACUGUAUACAGGCCACAGACGCCGCUUUGGGCCGUUAUCCGUGGCUAAAUCCCGACAAAUUAGCCCUAACCGGAGGCUCUCACGGUGGGUUUUUGGUAGCCCACCUCAGCGGACAGUACCCUGACAAAUUCAAGUCUGUCGUCAGCAGGAAUCCCGUCAUAGAUGUCGCUUCUAUGAGCAUUUCUUCGGAUAUACCGGAUUGGACUUACGCCGAGGCCGGUAAGGAAUACAGCCAAAAAGGUGAAGUAGACGAAGGGUUGUUUGCGUUUUUGAGAAAAGUGUCUCCUAUUUUACACGCUCAUAAAGUCAAAGCUCCGACUCUACUGCAAAUCGGUUCGAAAGACCUACGCGUUCCCUCGCAUCAAGGAAUCGAAUUUUAUUACAGGUUGAAAGCUAAUGGAGUUAAAACAAGAUUAAACCUAUACGAAGAUAAUCAUCCAUUAGGAAGUGUACCAAACGAAUUCGAUAAUAUAAUCAACUCCAUGUUAUGGAUCGAAGAGCAUUUAAACAUCGAUAUUUAA